UUGUUGUAGAGGAAAAAGAAAACAAACAAUUAGAACAUAGAAAGAAACUCCCCCAAGAUCUCCUGUAUCAGCUAGCUGCUGUUGACUGUUGUUUGUAGAAGAAAUGGCAAGAAUUGCAAGAGCUUAUCCGCAGUCAUUCCUGAAAGCUGUGAAUUUGGUAAUAGGAAUGGUUGGUAUUGCCAUGAUCCUUUAUGGUUUAUGGAUAAUCAGAGUUUGGCAAAGAGACAUGCAAGAUUCAUCCUUUGAGGAUUCCAACUCUACUGCUCCACGGUUUAUAUACAAAUUUCUUGUCAUUGGUGUCUCCUAUUGCCAUAUAGCAGGCCUUGGUCAUAUUGCCGCUGAUAGUGCAAAUCGGUUUUGCCUUUCUUGUUAUAUGACGGUUAUCUUUUUGCUUCUCCUUUUGGAGAGUGCUAUGACAGCUGAUAUACUGCUAAAUUUUUACCGGGAGAAGGAUUUACCUGAUGAUCCAACAGGGAGGUUUCAGGAUUUCAAAGAAUUUGUUACUUCGAUAUCUUCAUAUAGAUGGGCAUUUAGAUCAUCGUAACACGGGCAAACAAGUAAAGGCAAUAGCAAGAUAUUUUCCUAAUACUGGGGAUGACUGCGAAGAUGAAAGCACGAUUAGAACAGCAGAUUCAGUCUGAAGGCAGAAGUUGACAAUGAUAUGAUAGUUUUUACUGGAGCAGCUUGACUGUGAUAUAAGCAAAUACUCGUAGUUUUAAUGCAUCCCUUGUUUUGCUUAAUUAUACCACUUAAUUUUGCUACAACAUUUGAAAUUUUGCAGUAGUCACAUUUACCAAU